CAUCAUAAUCAUAACAUGGUCAUAAUAAAUAAUCCUGCAUUCACCGAGUUCUCUCCUCCCUCAGCUGGGCAUAUUAUACGUAGGCAUAUAUACAUUGUGUAUGUGUCGUGGAGAGGGCAUUUUUCCGUGUGAGUAUAUCUUUUGAGGGGUAGGGGGAAUUGAAGGUAUCAUUGGGUUCUGUGUGUGGACGACUGCGUGAAAGGUCUUUGGAUUGAUGAAAGAGAGAGGCAGAUGCAGAGGCGGAGGCAGAGGCAGCCAAACUUUGAUUGCGUGACCAGACAGAGAAGAUUUGCGUAGCAAGACACAGAUUUUAUAAGGGAUUGAUUGAUUGAUUGAUUUGGGUGUUGGGGGGAAGAAUUAUGAAAGUUGGAAGAAAAAGAAGCAUCAGCGACAGAAGCGAUAGCAGCAGGAGCAGCAGCAGGGUUUUUCUGUAUUGGUGUCUGUUGCUCUGAUCCGUCGUUCGCCCAUGGCUGCGAGCAAUGAAUUUGGCGGCAUCAACGAUUCUAGGACUGUGGUGCCCUUAAAUACGUGGAUCCUAAUCUCCAAUUUUAAACUUGCCUACAACCUUCUCCGCCGCCCAGACGGCACAUUCAAUCGCCACCUGGCAGAAUUUCUGGAUCGCAGAGCGGCAGCCAACAGCACACCAGUAGAUGGGGUUUACUCCAUGGAUGUCGUAAUGGACAGAGUCUCGGGCCUCUGGAGCCGAAUUUACAGCCCCGUGGCAGCCACGUCGGACGACGAGGGUACGGACGAGCCCGCCACGGAAGCAGCACUCCCCGUCAUCUUGUUCUUCCACGGUGGCAGCUUCGCCCACUCAACAGCCAACAGUGCAAUCUACGACACCCUUUGCCGGCGAAUCUCCAGCCUAUGUACAGCCCACGUAGUUUCUGUUAAUUACCGCCGAGCACCUGAGCACAUUUUCCCGGCACCCUACGACGACGGGUGGACAGCUCUGCAAUGGGUCAUAUCACCAUCUGCGCGCAACUGGUUGCGCGCUGAGGUGGACACAGGUCGCCACCUAUUCCUCGCCGGCGACAGCUCAGGCGGCAACAUAGUGCACCACGUGGCUCGCCGUGCCGGCGAGAACGGGAUCGCUCUCGCCGGAAACAUUCUCCUGAACCCUAUGUUCGGCGGCGAGAGAAGGACGGCGUCGGAACGCAAGCUGGACGGCAAAUACUUUGUGACAAUACAGGAUCGCGACUGGUACUGGAAAGCUUUUCUGCCAGAGGAUGCUGACAGGGAUCAUCCGGCGUGCAAUCCUUUUGGUCCCCGGGGGACCCCUUUGGAAGGGGUUAAUUUCCCCAAAAGCCUGGUCGUCGUGGCAGGUCUGGACCUCCUGCAAGAUUGGCAGAUCAGCUACGCGCAUGGACUGCGCGAUGCAGGCAAAGAUGUGAAGCUCAUGUUCUUGGAGCAGGCCACCAUUGGCUUCUAUUUGCUGCCCAACACGCAACAUUUUUACGGGCUCAUGGAUGAAAUCAAAAGAUUCGUUACAGGAAACCCUCAACAUCAUCAAGAUAAUCAUCAGUCAGAUCUCCACUGACAGACAAGGAACGAAAAAUGCUCUUAAAUUCUUCUGCCAUGUCCUCUAGCUAGGAUUAGGGUUUGAUUCUCGCUUUGGGGUUUUCCGUUCUUCUGUAAUUAAUUGCCUCCUCCAUUCCUUUCCUACACUCUUUUUUCUUUCUUCUUUUUGAUAUCGUCAUCAUCAUCAUCAUCAUACAUGUGUUGAUAACGGUGAAGACUUUUGCUAAGGUCCCAGCAGCUAACAGUGAGGGCAACCGGCAACCGGCAACCGGCAUCUGUCAGUUGGCAGGACUUUAGCCAAACGCUUUAUUGACUUGGUCAAUGUGGAUGUCGGGCGCGUCUUUUGAUUUUGUGCUGCUUUGCUCUUUUUCACCGAACUAAGCUUGUUUGGGGGAAGGGAGGUUAUUUGUGUGAUUUCCACUAAUUUCAAAAUUGCUAAUUAAUUGAUGUUACGUUACUACAUGGGACCUCUUCUGAUCUGCCAUUUAUCAUAAUGUGGACAUACAUUCAACAUUAUAUAUAUAUAUAUAUUUUUUGGUUCUCCAAUACAAA